UUCGGACGCAGCUCACAUUUACAAAACGCAAUAAGUUUCCGCAUUACCUCCGAUUGGCGGACCCAAAAACAUGAACUUUGAACUUCUGCUUUGCGAUGCCAGAACAGUAGGUGGCGGUAUGUACCUACACUUUCUGACGGCAAAAUUUACAGAAGAAGAAGAACUCUCAGGAAGUUUGAAAAGAAGCAAGCCGUCCGCAUUCAUUCAAUCUCACCUCCGACCACUCAAACUAACCCUAACCCUGCAUUCCAUUGUUUCCAUCAUGGGAAAUCUAAGUGACGCUCUCAAAUUAACAGGAACAUUGCGCAGAAGAUAUGUCCUGGGCAAUGGACUGAGAAAACGGGCAGAGAUUUGGAGGUAUUUGUGCAUGCUCUAUAUUACAGUUGAAAAGUGUAUAACAGCUUUCCAAUGCUGUUACUUGUGGCGAACACCUUUUUGCUUGAGUUGAUGCGUGCCCGCAGGUGGAAUAAUGUCACAUGUCACACACAUUUUCUGUUGUUUUGAUUUAUUUACUCAUUCAUCAUUUUAUGUGCGCACCUCUCCUAAUCAACCCACCCAUUAAAUAGACGGGCACAAUAGCACCAUCUGCUGGCACAAAAAAUACAUAACAAUAAACUGCAAAACCCCAAUCUGGCUCCUACAAAGUGUAUGUGACAAGAUGAUUAACGUUUGCUUUUGUUAAAUCAGGGCUUCCCCAGCCAGGACUUCGGCUCAGACUGUGGCAUAUUCAUGUUGAUGGUAGGUCAUAACGAGCUGUAAUGCACAAAUAUUGUAUCUAGAAUAACUUUCCAACAUGGACUUUUUUAAAGUUAUCUCACAUGUUGUCUCAUAAUUUUUUUUUAAAAGUCUGCCAUGUACAUCGUUAUGGAGUCACAGUUUGACUACUCAGUUGUAAGUACUUUUCAACACGCAGUGUCAUCCUCAAGAUUGUAUUUUGUAUUGUGCACUAAAAUGAAAUACAAACAACAAUUUCAGCAUGACAUGCCUGUUUGGCGGCGAUGGUGGUGCCUGUUGCUCCUGGAGAACAAUUCUUUGAACAGGUAGACAGUUUAAGUAAACUAGAUGUCCUAAUUAACUGGAAGACAAUCAAUAUAUUGUACUUAAAGAUAUAUUGUCAUUACAGUUGUGGGAAAAUCUUCGCCCACUGGACCAAAGAAUGUCAAGAGCUCAUUGCUGGAAAGCAUACUCCGGUCUUCAGUCUAAAGAGGAAGGCAGAGCAGCAGGACAUAGAGGUUAGAAAGUUGCCUUGUAAAAACAGUAUUAUCUCAGUGGGAGUCCUUCAAAAUGCACACAGUUGUAUGGAUCAACAUUGUCUCGAUGUAUUUGGUAAUUGAUGUUACUUUUCAAAUUGCCUUGUCAAGGAAACCAUGACGCAGACGGCAUCGGAUGUCCAAAGAAUGUGCAUGGCAGAUUCAAUGCAAUUCUGUGUCUACCAGACAUCGAACAACACAGGAGAGAGGUGUGUUGCAGACUCAAUUUAAUAAAUGCAAUUAUCGGGGCCUAUUCAGUGAUUUUCCAUGAAGUGACCACUUUUACAUAUAGUUUAAAUGCACGAAUCAUGCAGGAAAAUUAUUUAUACAUUCAAAUGUGCUGCAGAGGUAUAAUCAAUUGGACAGCGUGUUUGUUUAAUAUUAUGUUUGUCUCUCAUUUGAUCAGAUUGCUUUACCCUGAGGUAAACGUCAUAAAAUGGGUCCAGUGCAAGACGUGCAGGGGCUGGCUGCAUCAGGAUUGUGCUGGGAUUGAAAUGGAGCCGUUUGACUGCGGGUGCGAGGACUCCAUUGAGCAUCCUCGGUAUAACAUAAUUUAUCAAGGAAACAUAGUAUCAGUCAAAAAUACGAGGCUCAAAGGAUGAAAAAAUGAGGGCUUGCUCUUUUCUUAUUUCUCUGCAGGAUCAAGGAUGCUGUUGACAGUUGAGGAAUUCAUGCUGUCUUUUCUAAGACACAGAUCAAGGUUGCUUUUGAAUGCACUAUCAGUUGUUAAAGCCACCGUUUCUUUUUCAGAUGAUUACAUUUUUGUCUCUUGCUCUUUGGUUUCAGACAUUACACGAUGAUCUACUGUCUGGAAAGAUCCGCUCCAACAGAAUGUUCCUUUGGAGGAAUCCCGCCACCUCACUCCGACUAAAGCAGCAUCUUAAGAUAAGGACACUAAGUUGGAGUGAGCAGCGC